CUGCACUUCAGAUUGAGGCGUGGUCAGUCAGAGUUAACAGGUGGGCGAGUCAGUGCAGCUGCAGUCACACUCCAUCCUGCAGGAUACCUACAACCACAGCGUGUUGUCUCUCCGGUAGAUUCACACACACACACACACACAUCUGCUUCAACAUGCCGAAGUGCCCAAAGUGCCAGAAGGAAGUUUACUUCGCCGAGAGGGUGACAUCACUGGGCAAGGACUGGCACAGGCCCUGUCUGAAGUGUGAGAAGUGCAGCAAGACACUGUCAGCAGGCUCACAUGCAGAGCAUGAUGGCAAACCAUACUGUAACAACCCGUGCUACAGUUCAAUGUUUGGACCUAAAGGAUUUGGACGUGGUGGAGCAGAGAGUCACACAUUUACAACCAAGUAGAAAGGUGCUGUAAAAUGUUGCCUGGAAACUAGAUCGAAGACGCCAACAGUCUCAACACGAGUCCCAAUAAAAAAAAUAAAAAA